AUGGAAGAAGAAUCGAGAAUGGCGGACGUGGACAGGUUCAUGGACGAUGUGGCGGUGAUUGACGACAACAGCAGCAAAGAGGAGGCGGACACCGCAGCGACAAGUAGUACGACCAACACCAACAACAACAAAAGCGGGGGCCUUGGAGCUGGAGCUGGUUUCUUGACCAAAACAAGAUCCCUUUCGGACGGCGGCGCAAAGGAAACACCAAAGCUCUCGCCAGCACCGCACAUCUUCUGCGAUCCGCGACGAAAGUCCCAGGAUGAUAUUGCCAUCCGGGAUAAAGAACGAGGGGCAGACGGCAACGCUUUCUCUGUGCAACAACCAUCAACUCCCGUCCGCGCGGGGUUUGCAGUCAGAGGCCUAGCGCUGCAACUACCCCAGCUUCCACUUGGUGGUGAAGGUGAUGCACCACUCCUUUCAGGUUAUGCACGUCUCCAACAGCCGCACGUGGAUAUCAACAACCUGAAUGCCACCACUCCACCGUUGGCGCUUUCACAAGCCCAUUCCCAGUCCCAGUUGCAGUCCCAUCAACCACCCCCAUCCCACCCUGCGGGAGCGCCCGCCUCCGCCUCCACCCCCUCCGCCUACGUCAAACCCGCCGCCCCUGCCCCGCUCUCACCAAAGCUUGACCAUUCUCACAUCUACGCCUCGCCCUCGCCAAACAUCCUGCCCCGUCGCUCACGUGGCCUAGACUUUAGCCGUGCAGCCACCACCCUCCACCAUUCCACCGUCGUCGACCAGGCCUCGCCCAGCUCUUCUCCCACCAUUGGCUCGAGGGCCAUGAACAUCCCCGCCGGUCCUGGUCGCUGGCCCGGCGACCAAGGCACCGCCAUGGAGCAGACGUCAAGCUCGCUGUGGUCCCUCAUGGCCAACAACCGCGGCCACGAGCGUGCGCAUGUCUCGAGCUCCCUGGGCAGUCAGGCUCCCCAUGCCCUACUCACCGACACCUCGUCUAGCUCGGACGACGACGACCUUAUGGACGAGGACAUGGAGGAGCCCAUUGUUACCACGCCCUCAGCAAACAAGAUGGCCAUGGGCGGGCAGCACCCAUGGAUGCCUGGUGGCAGCUCUCCAGCAGUCAACAAUCUACUAAGUUUCCAGCAACGUCAGCGUAGGAAGCAGCCAAAGAGCCGGAAACACAAGACACCGCUGGGUUUGGGCUUCCAUCCAACCACUCCCAUGGGUGCGGCCAUGUCCAUGUCUCCGCCACAAGGCUUGGACGGCCCGCAGCCGAGGAGGGAGAGCAUCAGCUGGGCGGCCAAUCAGCUACACAUCUCCGGCAGUGAGAGCGACGAUCCUAGCAGGCAGCUUGAAGCGGUCGACAGCCCGUCCCGACCAGGAGUCAUUCGGCGGACUGUGACCCGUCAUAGGGGAAACUUGCUGCCCAAGACCAAGGGUUUUGCCCGCAUCCGCGCUGCCCUUCUCGAGGAGAGCGCACCUAUCGAUGCCGAAGUCAAGCGUGAAGCCGAAGUUGUCCGACAAGUACGGGAGAGUGACAUGGAUCUAGAACCCAGGUUACCAAUCUCCGCUUUAACCAGUCCGAACCUGAUGCCAACCCAUGACAGUAUGGACGAUGUCGAUGCGAUGAUGAUGGACUCGAAUGGAAGCAGCAGUGGUAAUGGCAAUACAACGCCUGGUGGUAUUCCCGGUGGCAUACCUGGCAGCAGUAGCUUCAAACAGCAGGUCCUGAAGAACUCUAAGGGCAAGAUGUUUUGGGACACGUUUUCGGAGAGUGGGGCAAGCAGCAACGGGAUGCGAACACCGCCAAAUUUUGGACUGCCGAGGGGCUCAUCAUCAGCCAUGAGCAUGGACGAUAUGAGCAUGGACUCGCCGUCUUCGAGAUCCGAGAGCCAACUGAGGCAAGGCCCCACGCCUUUUGUUCUACCGCCAUCCGGAAAUCCGCCAACAAAUUCAUCAUCUUCAUCUACCACAUUAGCCAGCACAAGCUUUCCGGGCGCCGCGAAUGGUGUUCCCACGGCAGCCGAAAUUACGCGCCGAAUCAACAACAAGCGACGCCGAGAUGACGACCUCGACCCGAUGAGUUUCAAACGACGAGCCGUCAGCCCCGGAAUGGGCUCACCGAUCUUGCAGAGCCCAAUGCAGAGGGACCUAGCACCCUGGGGCCCGAGUUCAUCACGACCGGGUAGUGUCAAUGGGGAUGGGGUUAGGCAACAACACGAAAAUCUUCAAAAUGGGACCGUGGUGGUGGGAGGAGCUACUACGCCAGUCCAUAGAAGACCCAGUUUCAGCACAGGCAAAAGGGUCGGGCUCCAAGGCAUGGUUGACACCAAUGAUGGGAUCACACGGCUCAGCAUUGAGUAA